CUGUGGUUACAGAUAGUUCCAGUGUUACUUUUGGAUCAAAAGAAACAACUUUACAUUUUCUUAAUGAAACAAAUGGCGAAGUACUCUCUAGGCAUCACUUUCCUGCUACUCAGACAAAAAGCGAAGUGCCCUUGGUUGAAGAGAAGUUAGUUGCAUCAGAGAUUGCGGCUGCUGAUGGCUAUAUUAUGCUUGUGAGGACAGAUUACAGUCUGAAGUCAAUAGCUUUACCUUCAAAUCCUACUCAAAUCACUCUAGGUGCAGAUAAGCCUUUAUGGCAACUUUCUCGUUCUGACAUUCGUGCUAUGUAUAUCAAGAAAGGGCAAUCUUUUAGUUCAAAUAUGGGUGAUAAACUUGCAUUGUCCUCUUCUUCUCAGAUACAGGUACCCGUGCACAUUCUGCCUAUGGCUAGUAAAAUGAGAGGAGCCAUUGAUAAAGAUCUUAUGCUCCCUUCAGCAUCUUAUCCUGCUUAUGCACAACAUGGCACUCGAGAAAUGCUAAUGCUGCCGAUGAAUCCUGUUGUUGCAAAGAGUGUUUCUGAGGAUUUUCACUCUCCUGUUAGAAAUGACAAGAUGCAAGAACUGCUUGAUGACGGGCAUUCAUCUUCUGGUUCCUCAAGUGCCAUAUCUGAUACUGCAAAGAACCUAUUAGAAUAUUCUGCUGAUAAACGAAGUAUUGGGGAGGUAUUUUGUGAACCUGGUAGCCUUCAAUCCCAAUCUGGUGAUAAAUGUCGAGACGACAAUACUUCAAGCAUACCACUGAACAUAAAUAAAGACGCAAAUAGCCAGAUAAUGAAAUAUGACCAUACUCAGACAAAAACGUCCAAUGAGAUGCUUGCUGGACUUGCUUAUGGAAUACUUUUGUUGGUUGCAGUCACAUUGUCUUUCAUCAUUCUUGUAUUAUUGCUUCUUAAGUUAAAAAGAGCGGUCAGACAUGAUGUACAAAUGAAUGACUUGAAAGGGAAACAGUCUAUAUCUCCGAAGAAGAGGAAAGCUAGAAGAGCUGGAGGUGUGAAAAAUAAUGUGAUUGUCAGUAACUCUAACAAUGUUAUUUCAUCCUUAGAGUCUGAUACUAACGGCCAUACACAUGCCGAAAAAUAUUGGUCACAGUUGUUCAAUAGGAAGGUUACUGCUGAGAGCCCUCUCGACGGACGUUGGGUCGGGAAGCUUUUUGUAUCAAAUUCAGAAAUCGGUAGAGGAAGCAAUGGAACCGUUGUCCUUGAAGGAGUUUAUGAUGGUCGUCGUGUUGCUGUUAAACGCCUUUUGUGCGCACAUCAUGAUGUGGCACUUAAGGAGAUUCAGAAUCUGAUUGUUUCUGAUCGGCACCCAAAUAUUGUCCGGUUGUAUGGGGUAGAACAAGAUUUAGAUUUUGUUUAUAUCUCAUUGGAGCUGUGUUCUUGCAGCCUGAGCGAUCUAAUUCAGUCAUGUGCAGAUUCUUCAAUGCAUCCAACAGAUUGUGGAGAUCAAACUAUAGUAUCAAAAAAGGAGCAUUGUGGGAAAAGUACCAACAAGGAUCUUGAGCUGUGGAGAGAAAAUGGGUUUCCUUCUUCUCAGCUCUUAAAAGUGAUGAGGGAUGUGGUAGCUGGUCUUGCUCAUUUGCAUGAACUUGGAAUUAUACAUCGGGAUAUGAAGCCCCAAAAUGUUUUAAUAAGCACUGAUGGGUUGCUGAAUGCAAAAGUUUCUGAUAUGGGUAUUAGUAAACGCCUUCUGGAGGAUAUGUCUUCCUUAACCCACCAUGCAACGGGAUGCGGUAGCUCUGGGUGGCAAGCUCCAGAACAACUUCUUUGUGGGCGUCAGACACGUGCAGUAGAUUUAUUCAGUUUAGGAUGUAUUCUAUUCUUUUGUAUUACAAAAGGCAGACAUCCAUUUGGCACUCAUAUUGAGCGGGACUCGAACAUCGUCAACAACCGAAUUGACCUGUUCUUGGUGGACCAUAUGCCUGAAGCUUGGGAUCUUCUGUCUCGGUUGUUAAAUCAUGAUCCAAAUCUGAGGCCAAGUGCAGCAGAAGUACUGCAUCACCCUUUCUUCUGGAAUUCUGAGAUGCGAUUAACAUUUCUUAGAGAUACUAGUGACCGUGUUGAGUUAAAAGAUAGAGAAGGUGGAUCUCAACUCCUGAAAGCAUUAGAAAAUGUUGCAUCUGAAGCAUUUGGUGGGAAAUGGGGUGACAAGUUAGAUGUUGCAUUCAUCACAGACAUGGGACGAUAUAGAAAGUAUAAAUUUGAAUGCACGCGUGAUCUUCUUCGCGUAAUAAGGAACAAGUUAAAUCAUUACAGGGAACUGCCAGAAAAGCUUCAGGCAAUUCUUGGACCAGUACCAGAAGGGUUCGAUAGUUAUUUCUCAAGUAGAUUUCCAAAGCUCCUGAUCGAAGUUUACAAAGUAGUGCACAGAUACUGUAGAGAAGAAGACUCUUUCAGCAAAUACUUUCCGAGUAACUUAAUUUAAUUUGGUGAAUACCUUAUUGUCGAUCUAUAAUAUCUGAUGUAAGGUUUUGUUCAAAUAACGCAAUUUACACUAUUUAUUCAGUGAUUGUGAUUAUUAAUGUACAUAUGUAACUUGUGUACUUUACUGAACUUCUAACAUUGUAUUUUCAUAAAUGACAUGUAACUUUAUGUAUAUUAUGUAAAUGGUACGCUUUUGGGACUGGUUUGUGUAUCUGGAUGACUUGAGCUUUUUAUUUUA